AUGGAACAAUACUUGAUGGGUUAGCGCUAUGGAAAUAUAACAUGGAUAAAAAGUUUGAAGGUGUGGAAGAAUGUUACGUGUGCUACACUGUAAUUCACCAAGAUACCUGUCAGCUGCCGAAACUCACUUGCAAAACGUGUAAAAAGAAGUUUCAUGGAUCUUGUCUAUACAAGUGGUUCACAACUAGCAGUAAAUCAACAUGUCCGAUAUGCCGAAAUGUAUUUUAAAUAAAGUUAUAAACGAAAUCUCUUCAUGUCUAAAAAAACAUUGGACUCUAAUUUAAAAAAAGACGAUUUUAUAUAUAAGAAAUACAGUACCCAAUGUUUUGAUUACUUGUUUUGAAAUAUGGAUAACAACACUACGAGUUCAGUUUCAGGAGCGCGAUAAUGUAUUUUCAGUUUCUGCAAAAGACAACCGUAGUAUAUUGUAACUAAAAUAUAAUCAGCGUUUAUUGUUUUUAAUCAUAGAAAUUUAAUUGUAACUUUUCCAAAUAUAUGUUUAUAAAUUCAA